CGGGCGAGGGUUAGGGCAGAUGAGCACAGAUGGGACAGGUGGGCAGUGAGACUACCACUACCUCCUACAAAACAGACAUAUGGAGCAGCCAGAGUGAAGAGUCUGCAGGUCCAUCACAGACUGACCACCCUGGGCUUCCUGAUACACAGAAAAUUGUUUCUGAUGGAGAGCUAGUGCAGUUGAGUCAGAUUCGACCACUAAUAUUCAAUUUUGAUAAGCAAUCAGUCUUCAAGGAUUAUUUGAAAAUUCUUGAGAAAAAAGUGGAAUAUGAUAUCAGCCAGGAGUUUAUGGAUUUAGAAUGUAAGAGCCUGUCUGAUGAGUGCAAAUCUGGGACUGAACCAGGCAACCGACAAAAAAACAGAUACCGAGAUAUCGUUCCACAUGAUUCAACACGUGUUCCUCUUGGAAAAAGCAAGGACUACAUUAAUGCCAGUUAUAUUAGAAUAGUCAAUAAUAGAGAAGAGCAUUUUUAUAUCGCUACCCAAGGACCACUGUCAGGCACCACAGAUGACUUUUGGCAAAUGGUUUUUGAAAAUAAUUCUAAUGUUAUUGCCAUGAUAACCAGAGAUAUAGAAAAUGGAAUUAUCAAAUGUCACCAUUACUGGCCCAUUUCUCUGAAGGAGCCAUUGGAAUUGAAGUUUCGCAUCUGUCUGGAGAACUACCAGAUACUUUCGGAUUUCAUCGUCCGAAUGUUUCAAGUUGUGAAGAAAUCUACAGGAGUUGGUCACACUGUGAAACACUUGCAGUUCACUAAGUGGGCAGACCAUGGGACUCCUGCCUCCACAGACUCCUUCAUAAAGUACGUCCGGUACGCAAGGAAGAGCCACAUCACAGGGCCCAUGGUUGUGCAUUGCAGCGCUGGUGUGGGCCAGACAGGGGUGUUCAUAUGUGCGGAUGUCAUGUUCUGUGCCAUUGAAAAGAACUGUUUAUUUGACAUCAUGAAUAUAGUGACACAAAUGAGAGAGCAACGUUAUGGCAUGAUUCAAACAAAGGAGCAGUAUCACUUUACCUAUGAAAUUGUCCUCAGAGUCCUUAGGAAACUUCUGGCUAUGGAAUAGAAAAGAGUUCCAUUGUCUCCCAUUGUAAUUGCCAAGUGGCUUGGAGUUUGAGAAGUACUAAGGAAUUUGGGUCUGAUUACAGUCUGCUUUCUUGUAUAUCAAUUAAUUUUCUUUCUAAGAUCUCUCCAAAGGCAGCAUCAUUCAGUGUGGGGUGAACAAUGCUGACUCUUGAUCUUUCUAGACAAUAGCAUAAUACUCCCCCAUGUUUUUCAGUGGAACAAAGGUUACAUAAAACAGUGACACCUUGGCUAUUUGGUUGAAGGGAUUACAGAGCUCAGUAAAAGACUUAAACUAUGCCUGUUAAGGUUUUGUUUGGGAAGGUGGCCAAAGGAAGCUGAGCACUUCCAGACCUUUUUACACCCUUAUUCUGAGCAAACAUAGGACCAAUAAAUGGCAACUUCAUAUCUUGACCUCC